AGGGGCAGGAUCCAAAAGCGGUAGAUCGAUAUUGAAGAUGGAAGGCGCAGCGACGCCCACUGUGAUAACGUCUACCAGCAGCAGCGCGGAAAACUUUUACACCUCUACUCUGGCUUACGACAGGCACUUUUUUCGUACUGCUUCGGGGCUCCUCGUUUUCGCAGAAAUAGUAAGUAGUCAAGUUUCAAGUUUCAAGCUCUAGGCUACGGGAUACACAUGGUAUAUGUCGUCCAAAGAAAUGCUUACUUGCAGGUUCCUUCUCGACAAUGCAAUAACAAUGACACAUAAUAAAAUAUAAGAAUACGAACAUAAAUUAAAUGGCUCAGUAGAACUGAAUAAACAUUUUAUAGUAGCAUAAGUAUUAUUCAAGAAGGCACAUUUUAUUGUCCAAUAUUUACACGUGUAUUGGAGAAGGGGGGAAUGGGGGUCAGUGUAUAAACUGAGCAGUAUUAUAAGAGUCUGGUAGCAGCAGUUGUGAUGUGUGUGUAGCAUGAAUGUAAAUGUGUGUGUGUGUAUGUUUGUGUGUGUGUCUGUGUGGGUGUGUGCAUGAGAGAGUGCGUGUGUGCUAAGGUGAGGAAAAUCAGAGCAGGUGGUCAGUCCAGUUCAAUUGUUCAGCAGUCUGAUGGCCCAAAUCUAACUGCCUGUAGUUCAGGACCUGAAGCAAGGAUAUGCAUAUUCUUGAUUCUAUUUGAAAGGAAACACUUUGAAGUUUGUGGAAAUGUGCAAUUAAUGUAGGAGAAUAUAACACAUUCGAUCUGGUAAAAGAUAAUACAAACAGUUCCAUCAUCUUUGAAAUGCAAGAGAAAGGCCACAAUAUAAUAUUGCAGUUUAGGCGCAAUUUAGAUUUUGGCCACUUGAUGGUAGCAGUGUGUGUGCAAAGUUUCAGAUUUAUCCAGUGAAGCAUUGCAAUACUGGACUAUUUUGUAUGAAGUCUGCCCAAAUGUGCCGAAUUGGUCAAUUGACACAUUUUCAAGUACAUAACUAUACAGAACAUACAAAAAUGAUAUGGUAAUACAAAAUGUAAGUUUACACACUCCACAAUCCAUACAUGAUGGAUCAUUUUCUUAUAUACUAACUUUCAUACAUCUAGAUGGCCGGGCGGGGUGGGUGCUGUCUUCACCACCUGCUGGAGGGCCUUGCGGUCGUAGACGGAGCAAUUCCCGUACCAGGCCGUGAUGCAACCGGUCAGGACGUUCUUGAUGGUGCAGGGCUAGUAUUUGGAGAGGACCUGGGGCGGCAUGCUGUUGUGUCCUCUUGACAAGAGUGGUGGUGUUGUUGGUUCAUGACACGUCCUCGGUGAUGUGGAUGCUGAGGAACUUAAAACUAGUGACUCUCUCUGCUGCAGUCCGGUUGAUGUGGAUCGGGGCAUGUUCCCACCUCUGCUUCCUGAAGUUAAAAAUCAACUCCUUUGUUUUGCUGACUUUGAGGGAGAGGUUGUUGUCAUGAAAACACAAUGCCAGUUUACUUACCUCCUCCCUAUAGGCUGACUCGUUGUUGUUGGUAAUCAGGCCUACAACCGUGUUGUCGUCAGCAAAGUUGAUGAGGGAGUUGGUGUCGUGCAAAGCCACGCAGUUGUGGGUGAACAGGGAGUACAGCAGAGGACGGAGGACUCACCCCUGGGGGGCCCCUGAGUUAAGAGUCAGUGUGGAGGAGGCGUUGUUGCCAAUCCUCACAGCCUGUUGUCUGCCCCUCAGGAAGUCCAGGAUCCAGUUGCAGAGGGUGAUGUCCUAAUUGCGACACAAACAUAUUGGUGUCCACGUUUGAUACAAUAAUUUAUUGAAAUCAGUAUGUCAGUGGCUUUCACCAUCUUUCACACAAUAGCUGCCAUCAGAAUUAAUGGAGGGAAUCAGUACUGCUUUGUUGAUUAAACAAAUUAAACACAUUAUGAUGAUCAGACAGUUUGUAUUGUUCAUACCUUGUAUCACAUGGCUAAUUGUACCCUUAUGAUAGGGGCACAAUUAGUUCUGAUAAAGGGAAGAGUUUGCCAUUUGCUGAUUUCCAGUACUUUUUUACAGAUUUGCAAAUUAUUCAACCUGUAUAUUUUAUAUGCAUUUUAUAUACAUUUUAGAUAUGCUGUGUGACCUGUAUGACUGUUUUUCACAGACGGUGACAUGACAUCGUAUUGAACACUGCACUGAACUGAAGGUUCAAUUAUUUCAAAAUGUUCAAGGAAUAUAACUGGAGAAAAUGAACAUAAUGUCAACCUACUUCCUGUAAAAUAGGCUACUUCCUGUAAUAUAGGCUACUUCCUAUAAAAUAAGCUACUUCUUCUAAUAUAUGCUAGUAAUAUAGGUGACUUUCUGUAAUAAGACUACUGUCUGUAAUUUAGACUACUUUCUGUAACAUAGGCUACUUUCUGUGUAGACAGACAAUGGUCUCAGUACAGUGUUUUAUUUUCUCUGGAAAGGGAAGUUGUUUAAAAACAAGGUCAGUUUCAUUGUCCCUUUUCCUUCCAGCAUCAGGGGAGAAUGUGACCAAAAGUCUCCUCUUCCACGUAGGCUAGACAGUCUUUUUUCCUGUGACACAAAGCAACCAAUGAAACUUUAUUAUUUUAAUAACAGGAAGGGAGGUUUGGAGUGCAACAGAGGACAAAACUUCCCAUUAUUUACAGUAGCACGCAUUAUAACAAACUGCAUCUAUAGAUUUAUCAUAAUCAAUGUGUUACGACAUUCUUUCAGAAUGCUGUCAGAUCAGAUAGGUGUCAGUCAGCUGUGGGGUUAGUUUCUGUUCCAGAAAUACAAACUAUGAAAAACCACUUGGCAAUUAUGUUUUAUAUAGCUGUUGUACUGUUUUAGAUGAGAGCUUGCAGGUAAACAGAUCACUCUACCCUUCACUGGAUCCUGUGCAUAUGCCAAUAAACUGUUAUUUGAUUUGCCUUAGGCUGUAUUAUUUCCUUUCAUUGUAAUCUCUUUCUACAGUAUGCCAUCAAGAUAAGCACAGCAAAUGCAUUUAAAUACACGAUAAAGUAGACACCACCAGAGCACAGCUAUCACUGACUAUGUGGCACCCCCCAAAUGAGUGGAUAACUGUAUUUCACAGUAAUCUGAUUGAGACCACGGUAAUCAAUGCACGGGCGCAACCCUCCAUCUUUCUUUUUCACAAAAAAGAAGCUCGAGGAGGCGGGAGAAGUGGAGGGCCGAAUGUAUCCCUGUCUCAAAGAUUCGGCUAUGUAAGUCUCCAUAGCUUUUCUCUCCUCUUGAGACAAAGGAUACACAUGGCUCCGUGGGAGCGCUGCUCCUGCCUGGAGAUCAAUUGCACAAUCCCCCUGUCUAUGAGGAGGCAACUGCGUCGCCCUAGUCUUGCUAAACACGAGAGCUAAAUCCCCAUAUUCAGGCAGAAUGUGCAGUGCGGGCACUUGGUUUGGACUUUCCACCGAAGUCGCCCCCACGGAAACACCCAGACAUCGCCCCUCGCACUGAGCAGACCACCCAUCGAGAGCCCUCUGUUGCCACGAAAUAGCAGGGUUAUGGGUGCUUAACCAGGGAAUUCCCCGCACCACUGGGUACGCAGGAGAGUCGAUCAGAUACAGCUGUAUAGUCUCUUCAUGACCCCCCUGCGCACACAUCCUAAGUGGCGCUGUGAUCUCCCUAAUCAACCCCGACCCCAACGGGCGGCUAUCUAAGGCAUUAACGGGAAAAGGUUUGUAAACAGGUAGGAGAGGGAUCCCUAAAUCUACACAAAACUUCCGAUCAACAAAAUUCCCAGCUGCGCCUGAAUCUACUAGCGCCUUAUGCUGGGAAUGACCAACCUGUGGAAAACAAACAGGUAUACAAAAGUGCGCAACAGAAAGCUCUGGGUAAGUGGGACGUCUACUCACCUGGGAGGCCCCCCCAGUGCGUGGCCUGUUGCCUUCUCCCCCGGAGAACCCUCCCCAGCACCUGGCCGCAGUGUGCCCUCCACGACCGCACUUGGUGCAGGAGACAGGCCCCCUCGGGCUCCUCCUCCUCCUUUCUCUAGCGCCGGCACCCCCGAGCUCCAUAGGGCUCGGCUCGGAGGUGCCGGAGGGCGGAAUGGACGGACCCUCCUCGGGACGUCCACGGGUGGCCAGCAGGGUGUCCAGACGGAUGGACAUAUCGACCAACUGGUCGAAGGUAAGAUGGGUAUCCCUGCAGGCCAACUCACGUUGAACGUCCUCCCGUAGGCUACAUCGAAAAUGGUCAAUGAGGGCCCGUUCAUUCCACCCUGCGUCCGCCGCUAGAGUCCGGAACUCUAGAGCAAACGCCUGUGCGCUCCUCCUCCCCUGUCUCAAGUGGACUAGACGCUCCCCCGCCGCUUUGCCCUCAGGUGGAUGGUCGAACACGGCCUUAAAGCGACGGGAGAACUCGGCGUAGGAGAUGGUGUUGGCGUCCAUCUUCCUCCACUCUGCGUUAGCCCACUCUAACGCCUUGCCCGUGAGACAGGAGAUGAGGGCAGAAACGCUCUCGUGUCCCGAGGGCACCGGGUGUACAGUGGUCAGGUAGAGCUCCACCUGCAGGAAAAACCCCUGACACCCGGCACCUGUUCCGUCAUACGCCCUCGGGAGCGAGAGCCGAAUCCCCCUGGGUUCCGGACCUGGGACUGGUGGACCGGCCGAUGGGGUUGGCAGAGUAGGUGGAGGCUUGGGUACCCCGCUGGCCUCCCAUCGGUGCAAGGUGUUGAUGACGUCCUGUAGAGCGGUCCCCAGUUGUCGUAUCUGGUCAUCUUGGCCGCGGACAUGCUCCUCGAGCGACUCAGGCGUAACUGCAGAUCCUGCUGAUUCCAUUCUGGUGUGUGAUUCUGUCAAGGGGUGCUGAAGGUGGGUGUGGUGCAUGAAUCAAGCGCAGGACGCAGAAGCUCAGUCCAAAAUACUUUAGUGCAAUAAUCACGUAGAAAAUAAGCACAAUAAGCCCGAAGGCGAAAUCACGCCGCACACAGGCGUCAAACAAACGGCGCACUAACAUGUGUGAAAACCCUCUCCAAAACACUGGAGGGAAGUACGUAGCUCCAACACGAAAACAGAUGAGCAAUCACACACAAAGACAAACACCACCAACGAGAACUAAAUAGGACACUAACGAGGACUAACAAGACACAGGUGUACAACAUAAAGACAAAACCAAACGAACAUGAAACAUCGAUCGGUGGCAGCUAGUACUCCGGGGAUGACGACCGCCAAAGCCUGCCCGAACCAGGAGGAGGAGCAGCCUCGGCCGAAACCGUGACAGGCACCCUAUUCCCUAUGUAGUGCACUACUUUUUACCAGAGCUAUAUGAGCCCUGUUCAAAAGUAGUGCACUAUAAAGGGAAUAGGGUGCCAUUUGGAAUGCUGGCUAUGUGCUUCCCUGUCCCCUCAGGUGUUUGGUCUGCUGGUAUGGACGCUGAUAGCGGGGACAAACUACUUCCGUGUGUCUGCCUUUGGGUGGGUCAUGUUUGUGGCCAUCUUGUACUGGGUCCUGACAGUCAUCUUCCUCAUCAUCUACCUGACCAUGGCUUACAACAGGAUCCCUCAGGUCCCCUGGACAGCUGUGGUACGACACAUACUACGACACAUAAUACAACAGCACAUUAUCUGACCAACUUGAAACUUGAGUGAUUGGGGUUGUUUAUUAUAUAGCUAGUAAAUAAUUGUGGAAUAUUUACGUAACUCAAAAGCAAUGGAGUGAACUGCCUGGAUGGUUUUGGGGAAGAGAGGAUUUUUGUGUGCUCCUGACCAUGUCUUUAUGAAUGUGAUCAAAUGAAGCCAUUCUAUAAUGUGUACUAGCCUACAGUAUCUGAGCCAGCCAGCCAGGAAUCCUGUUGUUGUCAUUCUACAGGACCUGUUCUUCAACAGUAGUGCUACAGUGAUGUAUGUGGUGUUCCACAGGGCCUGUUCUUCAACAGUAGUGCUACAGUGAUGUAUGUGGUGUUCUACAGGACCUGUUCUUCAACAGUAGUGCUACAGUGAUGUAUGUGGUGUUCUACAGGGCCUGUUCUUCAACAGUAGUGCUAUAGUGAUGUAUGUGGUGUUAUACAGGGCCUGUUCUUCAACAGUAGUGCUACAGUGAUGUAUGUGGUGUUCCACAGGGCCUGUUCUUCAACAGUAGUGCUACAGUGAUGUAUGUGGUGUUCUACAGGGCCUGUUCUUCAACAGUAGUGCUACAGUGAUGUAUGUGGUGUUCUACAGGGCCUGUUCUUCAACAGUAGUGCUACAGUGAUGUAUGUGGUGUUCUACAGGGCCUGUUCUUCAACAGUAGUGCUACAGUGAUGUAUGUGGUGUUCUACAGGACCUGUUCUUCAACAGGAGUGCUACAGUGAUGUAUGUGGUGUUCUACAGGGCCUGUUCUUCAACAGUAGUGCUACAGUGAUGUAUGUGGUGUUCUACAGGGCCUGUUCUUCAACAGUAGUGCUACAGUGAUGUAUGUGGUGUUCUACAGGGCCUGUUCUUCAACAGUAGUGCUACAGUGAUGUAUGUGGUGUUCUACAGGGCCUGUUCUUCAACAGUAUUGCUACAGUGAUGUAUGUGGUGUUCUACAGGGCCUGUUCUUCAACAGUAGUGCUACAGUGAUGUAUGUGGUGGCAGCAGCAGUGGAUGCAGCCUCAAUCAGCCAUGCUGUUAAAGGGCGCCAUAACUACAACUGCUGGGUAGCAUCCACGGUAAGAAAACCACCUCAGACCACCCAGACAUACAUUUAAAUCACGCCAACUGUGAAAAUAUACCACAAAUAUGACUGAGUGUUUAUGAUCAAAGCGAUAUUAAAAUAUACAAUACUAAAAUGCAAAUAUAUGCCUACAAGUCAGAUAAGAGAGGUAUGAUGCCACUGUGUACCAUCCCAAUGAUAUCUAUUUGGUCCAUUUAAGCCUGCUCUACUCACACCUACUAUUGUACUGAAUUUCAAUGUUUUCAUCUGUCUGUUUUUCAGUUCUUUGCCUUCCUGGUCACGCUCUGCUAUGCAGGAAGUACGUAUAUAAGUUUUCAAUUGUGGCGAUCGAGGGAUGAGGAACAAUAACCAAUCACAAAGAACAUCUAAAGUAUAUCCGUUAUGGUACAGGAUCUUGAAAAGUACAGAUGGUUAAGUGCAACAACCACUCCUUCCCUUUGGAAUACAUUUCUCUUUGAUUUAAUUUCUGUUCUAUUUCUGUUCUUUUGGAAUUGUGGUGUGUUUCAUCUGUUGGAAUGACAGAGCCUGAACCCCAGGGAUGUUUGUACUUCUUAUGAACUCAAAUGUUUUUUUAAACAUUUGGAUGAAAAUGACUGAAGCUAAUAAAGUGGCUAUUCUAUUGUUCUGAAGCUGGAGAUCAAAGCUUUAACUCCAAUAUUAAAAUGGAUUGGACAGUAAUGUUGUACCACACUAGAUGGUGCUAAGAUACAAGGCUGAGAAACAGGGCUUAUGAAGGACAUUACAGUUAAUUAUCUUUUUGAUUAUUCAAAAAAAGAAUCAUAUACGAGUAAUAUCUUUUACUAAUAGGAGUCAGCGACACUGAACAAAAAUAAAA